AUGAUUCCGCGCUAUUCCCGCCCCGACAUGGUUUCCAUCUGGUCUCCGGAAUCCAAAUUCCGCAUCUGGUUCGAGAUCGAGGCCCAUGCCUGCGAUGCGCUUGCCGAGCUCGGCGUCAUCCCGAAGGAAGCGGCGGCGACGAUCUGGGAAAAGGGCGGUAAUGCCACUUUCGACAUCGAUCGCAUCGACGAGAUCGAACGUGAGACCAAGCAUGAUGUCAUCGCCUUUUUGACGCAUCUGGCUGAAAUAGUCGGUCCGGACGCCCGCUUUGUCCACCAGGGCAUGACGUCAUCGGAUGUUCUUGACACUUGCUUCAAUGUUCAGCUGGUCAAGGCCACCGAUCUUCUUCUCGACGACAUGGACGCUUUGUUGGCAGCGCUCAAACGGCGCGCGAUGGAACACAAGGACACCGUCUGCAUCGGACGGUCCCAUGGCAUUCACGCCGAGCCGGUCACUUUCGGACUGAAGAUGGCCGAGGCCUAUGCCGAGUUCGAUCGCUGCAGAACCCGUUUGCUUGCAGCGCGCGAGGAAAUCGCAACCUGCGCGAUUUCCGGUGCCGUCGGCACGUUUGCGAAUAUCGACCCGCGUGUUGAAGAACAUGUCGCCAAAGCCAUGGGCCUUGCCGCCGAGCCCGUCUCCACCCAGGUGAUCCCGCGCGAUCGGCACGCGAUGUACUUUGCAACGCUUGGCGUCAUCGCAUCCUCCAUCGAGCGGGUUGCGACAGAAGUUCGCCACCUUCAGCGCACGGAAGUCCUUGAAGCCGAGGAGUUUUUCUCCAAAGGCCAGAAAGGAUCUUCGGCAAUGCCGCACAAACGGAACCCGAUCCUGACCGAGAACCUGACAGGCCUGGCGCGUCUCGUGCGCGGUUAUGCGAUCCCUGCCAUGGAAAAUGUCGCCCUCUGGCAUGAACGUGAUAUCUCGCAUUCCUCCGUCGAACGCAUGAUCGGCCCUGACGCCACGGUGACGCUGGACUUUGCCCUCGUCCGGCUGACGGGUGUUAUCGACAAGCUGAUGGUCUAUCCGGAGCGUAUGGUCGGCAACAUGGACCGUCUGGGAGGUCUUGUUCACUCGCAACGCAUCCUGCUGGCCCUGACGCAGGCAGGCUCCUCGCGUGAGGACGCCUACCGGCUCGUCCAGCGCAAUGCCAUGAAAGUCUGGGACAGUUACCAGGUCGCCGGCUCGGCUUCAGUGGAUUUCCUGACCGAACUGCUCACAGACGAGGAUGUACGCAAAUAUCUGUCCGAACAGGAAAUCCGCGACCGUUUCGAUCUUGGCUAUCACACCAAGAACGUGGACGUGAUUUUCAAUCGUGUGUUUGGUGAGAGCUGA